AAAAAAAAAAAGAAAAAAAGAAAAAAAGCAAACCCUCUCUGUCUCUCUCUCUCUCUGAUUCUCUGUGUCGUGUCCACUCUUUAAUAGUCUUUAUAGUCACCUUCGGUCCUUUAAUCAUCCACUCUUCCCAAAAUUACAAAGAAAGUAUUGCAGGGAAAUUGCUAGAGACUUGACAAAAGGGAUUGUGCCAUGAUGGGGAAGGGCUCUAAGACUAACUGCAAGUCAGCUUCGCACAAGCUUUUUAAGGACAAAGCCAAAAACCGAGUUGAUGAUCUGCAAGGCAUGUUCAUGGAUCUGCAAUAUGCGAGGAAGGAGAGUCGCAGCAUUGAUGUGGCUGUGCUUGAAGAACAAGUCCACCAGAUGCUCCGUGAAUGGAAAGCUGAGCUCAAUGAGCCUUCACCUGCAUCUUCUUUGCAACAGGAUGGUACUCUUGGGUCGUUUUCAUCUGACAUUUAUCGGCUGUUGCAACUUUGUGAUGAGGAAGAUGAUGCCACUAGCACAUUAACUGCUCCGAAGCCGGAGCCCAAUGAUCAAAUCCUGCAGGUUGGAGAUGGUGCAGCCUUUCAUGAGGGAUAUGGUGUAAAUCAUGGGCAACAGCAGCAGCAUCAUUUCUUAUUGGUUGAUCAAUGCAAAAACUCCCAUUCAGGAGUUCGUAGUAUGGGGAUUAGCAACUUGGAAGGGGCUACACAGUCAGACUAUCAUCAUUUUGAUUUGCAUCAAGAUUUCGAACAAAACUUCUAUACUGGUUUUAAUGGUACAAAUUUCUGUGGGGAGGAUGCUAUGCAUCAGAUUUCUGGCUAUCUGCCAAGUCUGUGUCCUCCACCUUCUGCUUUCUUGGGCCCAAAAUGUGCACUUUGGGAUUGUCCAAGGCCUGCUCAGGGUGUAGACUGGUGUCAGGAUUAUUGCAGCAGUUUUCAUGCUGCUUUAGCAUUGAGUGAAGGCCCACCUGGGAUGGGCCCAGUUCUACGACCUGGAGGCAUUGGCCUGAAAGAUGGUCUGCUUUUUUCUGCACUUGGUGCCAAGGUGCAAGGGAAAGAUGUUGGUAUCCCAGAAUGUGAAGGAGCUGCAACUUCGAAGUCUCCAUGGAACGCUCCUGAGCUUUUUGAUCUUUCGGUUCUUGAUGGUGAAACAAUUAGGGAGUGGCUGUUUUUUGAUAAGCCUCGAAGAGCUUUUGAGAGUGGAAACAGAAAGCAGAGGUCAUUGCCAGAUUACAGUGGACGUGGUUGGCAUGAGUCAAGAAAGCAAGUGAUGAAUGAAUAUGGAGGCUUGAAGAGAUCCUACUACAUGGAUCCACAACCACUGAACCAUUUUGAGUGGCACCUUUAUGAGUAUGAGAUCAAUAAGUGUGAUGCUUGUGCCUUGUAUAGAUUGGAAUUGAAGCUUGUUGAUGGAAAGAAGAAUUCUAAGGGGAAAAUAUCAAAUGAUUCAGUCCUUGAUCUACAGAAGCAGAUGGGAAGGCUCACUGCUGAGUUUCCCACUGAUAACAAGCGCUUAGUUAAAGGGCGGGCCAAAGUUAAUGCAAAGGUUGGUGUUGGCGGAAAUGUUUAUCCUGCUCCAAACAUUGCCCCACCAACUAAUGAAAAGUUUGAUUAUGGAGGGAAUGGACAGUAUGAUUAUUUUGUUGAUAAUAUAAGCGAAUAUUACCUGACGUGAUUUAAUAAUCUUCAAUGGAAGAUGGGAGGAAGAUGCAGGUAUCUUAUUAGUCAUGUCAGCUGAAGUAUAUCAUCAUAGUAGUUGCGGGUUAAGUACUUUUGGUUCUGCAGGUUUUGGGUCAUGAAUAACACAAGGUCAAGCUCUCUUUUUGGCCGAAUGGAGUUGUCUAUAGUUCAUUAUUGCAUGGAAGUGCUGCAUUAGACUGUUCUGGAUGCUGGAGCAUAUAUUCUAACUUAUGGUUUACAGGCAAGGCUAGAAAAUGGCUGUUUUUUCUCAGUCCAUUUUUUUAUAACUGAUCAAGAAAAAUGGUGUACACUUAAAAACAAAUCAGUGUCACCAUAAUAGGAUAUAGGGUUGGAUGCACACUGUUGCUAUAAUAUUUUACUGACAGUUUACUGGUUUACUAGUUUAUGCUAAUUCUAUCACCAGUCUGCUGCAGCUGCUCAUGGAAAAUACUUCUGAAUAUUUGUACCUUUUUGUUACUGGGGGUAUACUAUUAUCUAUUUAGGUGGUCGAGAUCUAUUGCAUCUGAAAUUUGUAAAUGAAUGUUAAUGUUCAGAUUAAAAUACCUUUUCAA